AUGGCUGAAGAUCUUGACCUAUCUCCUGGUACCCGCCCGAGCAACUUCGCGGCUGUGGGUGGCCUGUUGCAAGACAUUAAUGAUCUGCAGACGAAGCUAGUCGAGGGAGACGAGGAGACACGCCCUGAACUGGUUAUCAAGACCCGCAGCCUUCUUCAGUCCCUCCAAACACCACGUGAGCAAAUGGUGCAGCACACGUGGGCGGACCCGGGACUGAACGCAGCUUUGAUCACCGGAGUUGACACUGGGCUAUGGAAUCUCAUGGCCACGAAUGGUGCGGAUCGACCCCAAAAGGUUGGCGAUCUGGCUGAGACUCUCGGAAUUGACCCUGUGCUUCUUGAACGUCUUUUGCGCCAUGUCUGCGCAAUGGGUCACCUGGAGGAGACGGCGCAAGACGAGUACUUGCUCACCAACUUCACCAAGUCAUUGGCCCUAGAUGUUAUCGGCGAUGGCUAUGUUGCCAUACUCGGUCGCAUUGGUCGAAAUCCGAUCGAGUUCUCCAAGUUUCUCCGGGAGACCAACUGGCAGAUUCCUACUGAUGCUGCACAUACGGCCAUGCACGCAUCUUAUAUGACAGACUCACCUAACUGUCUCGAGUGCCUCCGUUCAAUAGGACUAGGACCUCACACAAACCAUCACAUGGGAGGCUAUCGACAAGGGCGGAUGCCCUGGAUGCAUCCUUCGUUGUACCCUGUCGAGAAGACCCUGUUCUCAGAUGCGGAUACCUCGCCCAGUGCACCACUUCUGGUGUAUGUGGCCGGUGGCCUUGGCCAUGACAUUGAUGAGUUCAAGAAGAUGUACCCGAAUCAUCCAGGCAAACUCAUUCUUCAGGAUCCUCCCGUAGUCAUCGACGACGUCAAGGGCAUUGACACCAGCAUCGAGCUGAUGGGCCACGACUUCUUGACCGAGCAACCAAUCAGAGGCGCAAAGGCCUACUUCAUGCACUCGAUCAUGCACGACUGGCCAGAUGACGUGUGUAAGAAGAUCCUGGCUCCCCUGGCAAAGGCGAUGAAGCCCGGAUACAGCAAGCUGUUGAUCUUUGAGGUGGUAAUUCCGCGCACUAGUGCUUAUUGGGAGGCCACAGCGGGCGAUAUUCUGAUGAUGACCCAGCUCUCAGCGUUGGAACGCACUGAAGACCACUGGUACCAGUUGAUUGAGGAGAGCGGUUUGAAUUUGAGAAUUGCCAAAUUCUAG